UGCUAGGCACAAAGCCCCAAAAGAAAAUGUAUAUAAAUAAGUUGUAAAAUGCAAUGUACAAUGCAUUAGCAUACAAAAUUAAGCGAAAACGCGGCAGCUAAAAGACGAACUUUAACUACAGACAAUUGCAAGAGGGCAAUAGGAAGACUGAACGGGAAUCCAAAGGCCGCACUGUAUGAACUAUAUAACAGUUUUGCUGUGCAAUCAGAGACCGACAAUGCUCUCGCGCCGGAGCAAGGAGAAAUCGCAGGCACACAAGGAGGGCGUGGUGGGGAAGUACGUGAAAAAGGAUACACCGCCAGAGAUACCGGUGAUCAAUGUGUGGACAUCGUAUGCGGAUGCCGAUGCUCAGCAGCGAAAAAAGAAAUCGCUGCAACGUUGCGCUAGCAGCUCACCCAGCUGUGAGUUCAAGCCGCUCAGCUCCAGCUCCAGUCGCAACACAUACUCGUGCACGGACAACGAUGCACAGCCCGAUUACUAUUACCAUGCACGGCGUGCGCAAAGCCAAAUGCCAUUGAAUGGUCAUGCUGGUCAUACUACACAUGGUCAUCAGUUUCGUGCCAGCAGCAAUCAGCUGAGUCACAGCGGCAACAACAACUAUGUAAACAUAGAACAAAUCGAGCGCAUGCGCCGUCAGCAAUCGUCACCUCUGCAGACGUCUACGGGCAGCUUUCAGCGAAAGUACUCUACGCAAAAGCAUUCGCAUGCUCAUCUGGCCAACAACAGUUAUGAUGCGGAUGCUAUGCUUAGUGCUUCCUAUGCAAAUAUGCUGCAAAUCUCACGACGACCGCCUUCGCCGGCGCACUACGCUUUGCAGCAGCAGCAACAGCAAAUGCUGCAGCAUCAGCAUCCACAGCUGCCACAUGGCUCCACGCCCUUUGGUUCGAUGCUGCGCUUUGAUGCCUCCACCAUGGCAGCCAAGGAGCAUCAGGCACGCUAUCCACAAGCCAGAACACAUCACCAACAGCAGCAACAGCAGCAGCAGCAGCAACAACAACAACAACAGCAGCAGCAGCAUGCACUUCAACAACAGCAACUGCAUAUGGGUGGCAGCUACUCCAGCGACGCAUAUCCCAUCUAUGAGAAUCCCUAUCGCGUAUCCUCGAUGCGUGUCACAUCAUCACAGCGCUCCGAGUCGCCUAUAUACAGCAACACCACUGCCUCCUCGGCUACGCUAGCAACCAGCUCACCACAUCAUCAUCUUACUGUGCCUGCCAAUGGCAUCAACAGUCGUGGCGGCAGCUUUGGCAGCGUGCGUGGCGCCUCCAGCUCAGUGCAAUCGCUUUAUGCGCCGCCUGCUUCGAAUGCUUCAGCUGACAGCAAUGCCAAUGGCUCGCUGGUGAAGGUGCCCUCGCAGCAGUCGCUCAACGAGAGCGAGGAGCUGCCACUGCCACCUGGUUGGGCCACUCAGUACACGUUGCAUGGACGCAAGUACUACAUAGAUCACAAUGCCCACACCACGCACUGGAAUCAUCCGCUAGAGCGUGAGGGCUUGCCUGUGGGCUGGCGUCGUGUUGUGUCCAAAGUGCAUGGCACCUACUACGAAAACCAAUACACUGGCCAGUGUCAACGACAACAUCCUUGCCUAACAUCCUACUAUGUUUACACCACAUCAGCUGAGCCACCCAAGGCCAUACAGCCUUUGUAUGCACCGCCCGCCAAUAUGCAUAAUUCGCUUGUGCCGGCUAAUCCUUAUUUGUUGGAGGAAAUACCCAAAUGGUUGGCUGUCUAUUCGGACGCUGACUCCUCCAAAGAUCACUUGCUGCAGUUCAAUAUGUUUAGUCUGCCAGAGCUGGAGGGUUUCGAUAGCAUGCUAGUGCGUCUGUUCAAGCAGGAACUGGGCACCAUUGUGGGCUUCUAUGAGCGCUAUAGACGCGCUUUGAUCUUGGAAAAGAACCGACGUGCUGGACACAAUAAUCAGCAAUGACAAUAAACGAAAUGUUUAGUUAUUUUAUUUACAAUUUUGGAAUACUCUUUAUAUGCAGUUAAAAAACUGCUAUUUCGACAUUAUA